AUGCGCUCCAGACGCUCUCCUUUGCUGCCUUGGGGGCCCGGCAUAAGCUUGGUUUCGGAUUGCGCCGGCCAAGGAUCUGUUCCCCAGGCCCUUGCGCAUCUUGGCAUCCAGGUUCGGGUGGCUGUUGCCACGGAGCUGGACCCGAACAAGCGAGCUUUGCUCAAGGUCGUGCAUGAGUCCAUUGGCUGCAAAGUGGACAGGAUGAUGGCAGAUGUGCACGAGCAUCUGGAGUUCCUUCGCGGAUGCAAGGCGUCUUCGUGGUCUACCCCGGAUAUCUUCGAGGCGGGUUAUCCUUGUCAGUCAUUCACACGAUCCGGACUGAAGAAGGGAAUCGAAGAUUGCCGAGGGCAGGUUUGGUUGGCAGGGUUGGAGAAUAUAUCCCGGACCCAAGCCAGAGCCUUCGUCCUCGAGCAAGUCCCGGACAUCGAAUCUGAUAUAAAGUUCCGCCCGAUGUUUCUCCGCUCUCUUGAUGUUCUUCGUGCAGCCGGAUACCAAGUCGAUUAUAAGAUUAUGGAGACCAGUCGCAAUGGACUUCCACAACAUCGCCGACGUCUCUAUGUUCUUGGUGUUAGAACAGACGUGAAGAUGAUUCUUGGCAGCACUGAUUGGUACUCGGUGGCCGUAUUACGAAUUUAA